ACUAGAUCUAGAUCUAUUAACUAUAUCUAAAUCUAGCUAUAGAAUCUAGACAGAUAGAUCUAGAUCUAUAUAAUAUAAAUAAUCUUCAAAUUCAGAUUAAAAUAAGUUUAAUUUAAAUAAGAACUUAGACUUAAAGUUAAAGACUUCUAAAGACUAAGUAGUAUUUAGUCGACUUAGAAUAAUAGAAUUGUUUCUAGAUCUAGAUUCUAGAUCUAAGUUUGUUACAAUUUUGUAUUUAUUUUGUAUUGAUCAAUCAUCAGUGGGCAUGUCCUAGUAAUGUGGUUUGUCAUGGAGCAGACUCAAGAAAAAUAUAGACUAUCAGACAGGCUUAUUCGUGCAAUCAGUAAUAGACAGUUGAGUGAAAAAGAAGAUGACAUUGAAGUCAUCAUUGAAUCAGGAGCAGACGUGAACAGAAGACAUGGUACGUUGCUACCACUUCACUGCGCAUGUAUGAGUGUAGAGAGUGAUGCAGUGAAACUACUUCUAUGUAAAGGAGCUAGGAUUAAUGAGGUGGAUGGCUAUGGAAGAACAGCUUUACACUAUGCUGCAGAAAGAGAUGAAACAGUAGUCAAUAUAUUACUAGAGAAUGGUGCAGAUAUCAAUAAAGGAGAUGGGAACCAAGACACAGCCCUUCACUGGGCCGCCUAUAAAAACAAUGUGGCCUGUGUGAAAGUGUUACUACAGAAUGGGGCUGAUGUGAAUGCUGUGGACUACAACCAUGACACACCAAUUAUCUGGGCUGCAAAAAAAGGAAAUCUUGAUGUGAUUAAAGUUUUACUGGAUUUUAAUGCUGAUGUUGAUAUUCGAAACAAAAGUGGACAUACUGCGCUACAGAGGUCUGCUGGUAUACAGGCAGCAGGUUUGAACAAUGAGCAGGAUGAUGCUACUCUCAAGCUCUUGAUUAAAGCUUCUGGUCGAUUUGAUCUUCUCAACCAUGAAGGACAGCCUAUUGCAAUAAUAGCUAGUGACAAUAGACUGAGUGAAAUCUUGCGGCCUCUUUGCCAGGCGGCCAGACCUUUGCUGGAGCUGUGUCGCUGGCAAAUCAGAAAGUCCAUGGGUCAGACUUAUUUACCAAAUGUUAUACCCCUACUUCCUGUUCCGCUGAGGCUACACGAGUUUCUCCUACUAAGAGACGAGAAAGAUAUAUUGUGCAGCCUAGGAGAUUUUAUUAGUUAAUGUUAUUUUCUGUUUUAAGAAUUUUUCUGUUUAAGUUUUUAAUGUGAGUCAAUGCUUUUUUGUUGAAGAAUGACCCAUCAAAUUUAUCUUAAUGGCAGGCUGUUGGAGCACUACUCAAAGCUCUCUAUGGUCCUGUCUCUUCAAAUUAAGCAUAGUGGCCAAGUGAAACAGCAAUUAUCUGAUGGAAGCCUGCUAGAGUUUGGGAUUCUAAUUAAGAGGAAAUUAAAGCACCCAAAGUCAACACUUUUCUGGUAUUCAAGCAUUGCUUGGAGAGAAAACAUUAUUGGUUAUGUGCUGGUCACAUAAUGGCCUUGUCUAAUAGUUGGCCAAAGAAAUUAAUUUGACUAACUUGUCCCAUGGCUUAGUAGAUACAAAGGAAGCUUUAUUUGUGAGCAGUCUUACAACUAUUCCUUUUUUUUUGUGCCAUGCUUUUAGUACUUCUUUUCUGAAGACAUGUAGUCUCAUUUAUGUAUGGGAUGCCUAGUGGUUUUCUCCUGCAGUUGAUAUUCAUGAGCUGAACUUUUUUUUUUUUUUUUUUUGGUCAUUAGUGUCCAGGAUUCAAAGGCACUUUCUUUAAGAGAUUAAGUUGAAUUUUUUUAUGCUGAAUGAUAACCAUUGGUUGCUCAAAUCUUAUCUUCUAUGAUUUAUAGAAAAACUGAAGAUAAUGCUACACAAAAUUUAAAAGCUGGAAAUUAUACACAGAAUCAAAAGUAGCACUUGGCCAUUGAAUGGUGAAAGCAAAGUAUGAGCAACCAACUUGUUAAAUGGUAGCUCUGAAAUCAGAUUUGUUUUGCACUGGGGCUAAAUUUGAUUGGUCUAGGUGCUAGGGGAAAAAAAUACAAGUAUCUCAUUUCCAAUCUGCUUUUUAAAAAGGCCUGUUGAAUGAUUGUGAUGGGACACAUCCUUAAUCCUAGCAAUAGGUUGCAAAAUAAGAUAGUGUACAUGUCUUGUAUAUAUACUGUUAAGAUGAACAGUUAAUUAUGCUAUAUAGGCUGGAUAUAAUUGUACAAUAAGACCUACAAAAAGCCUUUGUGCUACAAUAUUUAAUAGUACAUAAAAGUUGAGUGAGGUAGACCUAAAGUUGAUGUACAAGGUGUUUUGGCCUAUUGUUACCUUAUGAUUGUUAAGACUUGGUAUAUAAACAUUUUUUUAAAUCAUUUGGCCUACGCUAAUUUUGAAAUAUCUAGUAAGUAAAUUGUAAAAUCUAUUUCAUAUUUAGAAAAUGUUUAGUUUCUUGAGACUUUGUUUCAAUUAUUUGGCUAUGAAUUUUACAUUUCGAUCAACACUCAUGAUGUACUAGUUUAUCACUCUGUUAAAGUGAAAGAAAAAGUAUGGGCAUUGUAUGUUUUUUAUCAUACAUGCAUUGAUAUGCCAUUUUCAUCAAUGUGAUAGAUCUGUCAUUGUACUACACUUUUCUUUUUUUUUUUUAAGUCUAAUAUUAUAUACCACUGGCUUAAGAAACCCUGUUAAGCUAUGAGAUAUUGUUUUAUUUUUAUUAUGAGAUGUAUUUCCUAAUUAGAAUCAAUAUUUGUCCCACUAUUCCUCUACCAAUCCAUUUCCUUCCCAGCUGCUUUGUCUAAAAAAUAACCAUUUGUCAAAAUGACGACAUGACAAAAAGUUUUAUUUUUUCAAAGACACAUUUUUUUUUUAAAGUUCCACCAUAUUUUUUUUCAAUAAUGUGAAAUAAAAUAUCAAAAGAAAGCAAAGGUUGUAAAGUCAAAGUUGAGGAUUACUUGCGAAGUUCUCAGACAGUCAUUUCUUUUUAGCACCUAAAAUAUCAUUUCACCUUUUUUAUAAAUGUCCCCCAAGAUUCAGAAAAUGUGUUUAAAAUGUCUGGCACUCAAGACAAAGUCCACCAACAAAUGUAAGUUAAUUUACAAAGUCAUUAUGGAAGGAACAGGUGUCUUGCACUGUAAUCUAAUUUAACAUUUUACAAAAGGAAAAAGAUUGAGGACAUUGAAUUAGUUGCUCACUAGAUUAUGAGUUAGGAGGUGAAUUCUUUUUUUUUUAUGCAUAUCUGGGAGGUGCAUUAUUAUUACUUUAUGUAUCUACUCACAUACUUGUAUUAUAACAUUGUAUUCACUGGUAAAUAAUUUCAUAUAUUAAAUUAAAUUGAAGUUCGUUUACUUUUUAAUACUUUGACCAAAACAACUUGAAUACAUAUUGAUGGGAAAAGCUA